ACGCAUGGGGAAAGGUGGCUAGUGCGCGCCCUUGGCGGCUGAGGACGGGAGGGUUUUGUAUAGGGAGGUUGUCAAACUGUGUCGGCGCUCGGAGGCAGUUCGCUUACAGCCGCAGACAUCGCAUCAUUCCGUCCCGUUAUGUAAGUCUUACGGGUAAGCGCGCGAUCCCGUAGCCACUGUUUACCUGCGACAUUUGCGUCUCUCUCCGUUAACCUUAAUAAGCGCGCGCCUCGCUUUGCCGGGUCCUCACGCGCCUGAGCUGAGGUCGCACUGAGCCAACCAUGAGCGCCCCGAGCUCCCAGCAGAGGCGCGCGUGUUGGGGCGCCAAGGACGAGCUCUGGAAGUGUCUGGACUCGCACGAGGACGACGGAACUGCGUGCGAGAAAUACAGGAGCCAGUUCGAAGCGCUCUGCCCCGCGCAGUGGGUGAAAUACUUCGACAAGAGACGAGACUUCCUGAAGUACAAAGAGAAGGUGGAGGGUGGAGGAGCCGAGCCUGCAGCGCGAGCGGCUAAAGUGUAGUUCGAGAGCCCGUGCGCGGUGAACCGGACCUGCACCGUAACGCUGCUGCUAGUGGCACGUGUCUCGGAAGCGGUAUGAUGUCUUCACAGAUUAAGACAUUAUUUAAAGAUUAAACCUUAACAUAUGUGGGUGUGUGCGCAAAAGCGUUAGCAAUUAACAUAAUGAACACAGUUAUCGUUUGUGUAAAGUGUGAUUUUUUUUUUUAAUGUGCAACACAAAAUUUGUUGUUUUGUAAUAUGAAGUUCAGUGGAACAGGUUCAUUGCAAACAAAUAAAAAAAAUGUUUACAAUGA